AUGGGCGGUAGGGGAGGGAAGAGGGUGGAGGAGAGAUGGUGCAGUGACAUGGGCGGUAGGGGAGGGAAGAGGGUGGAGGAGAGAUGGUGCAGUGACAUGGGCGGUAGGGGAGGGAAGAGGGUGGAGGAGAGAUGGUGCAGUGACAUGGGCGGUAGGGGAGGGGAGAGGGUGGAGGAGAGAUGGUGCAGUGGCAUGGGAGGCAGAUGCGCGAGCACGGCAGGCAGUGCAGCUGAAUGGGCACGAGGAGGAAGCAGUGCGGGGAUGAUAGGGAGGGAGGGGCGCGGAGGGGGUGCAGUGCCGCAGGCACGUGGGGGAAUGGGCGGGGCAGCUCUUGAGUUGAGUCAUAAGCCACAUGGAGAGGAGGCGGUGGUGCUGGGAUGGGGAGGAAUGGGUGGGGCAGGCAGCGGCAGGGAAGGGAUGCGGACGAGAGAGGGGCGAGGAGGUGUGGGUGGAGGAGGCAUGGCGGGAGGAGGCGUGGCGGGAGGAGCGGGUACAGAGGGAGUGCGCACUCGAUGCUGGCUAGCAGCAGUGCACUCUGUGCGUGUGCUCCCUGUGUGCCCGCCUGCACAUGUGUGUGAGAGAGGGGAGGCCUUGCGUUGGCCCGCCCACGGGGUUGGGAGGGAGGAGGAGGAAAAAGCGGUUGGCGGUGGGAGGGAGGAGGCGGAAGCGUGUCCGAUGGAGGAAGAGGAGAAUGGAGGGAAUGAGGGCGAGAAAGAAGUGGGAGGAGGUGAGAGAGAGGCAAAAGGGAUUGCAGAGGAGGAGGAAACUGGAGAGGAGUGUGCAGAGAAGCAUGUGGGUGGGGGGAAGGAGUGGUGGCAGGAGGUGCUAGAGGUGUUUAGGGAGGAAGAGCGUGAGGUGGAGAGGAGCGGGGUGGAGGGGCGCUGGACGGUGGGGCGUGGAGAGGGGGAGAUGAGAUGUGGUGACCAAAGGGGAGAGAGUGAGGGAGUAAAUGACUUGAGCAUGGAAGGGAGUGGUUGGAGUGAUGAGGAUUUGGAAGCGAGUGAGGGAGAGGGGGAAGGGAGGGCAGAGCACAGUGAAUUGAGAAGUGAAAUGAGGAGGGAAGGGGGAGUGAGCGGAGAUGAGAGAGGUGUCAACAAGGUGAGUGGAGACGUGGCGAGUGGUGACGAGUGGAUGGAAGGUGAUGAUGGGGGCGCAGAGGCAUGCAGGGAGGCGAGUGGAUGGGAUGAUGACGACGAGUGCAUGCGAGAGGAGGGGGGGGAGGAGAGUGAGGAGGAGGGGAAGGAGGAGUGUGAGGAGGAGGGGAAGGAGGAGUGGAAGGAUGAGUGGGAGGAGGAGGGGGAGGAGGAGUGUGAGGAGGAGAGUGAGGAGGAGAGUGAGGAGGAGAGUGAGGAGGAGAGUGAAGAGGAGAGGAACGAGGGGAGGAACGAGGGGAGGGACGAGGAGAGGAAAGAGGUGAGGAAAGAGGAGAGGAAAGAGGAGAGGAACGAGGAGAGGAACGAGGAAAGGAACGAGGAGAGGAAUGAGGAGAGGAAUGAGGAGAGGAAUGAGGAGAGGAAUGAGGAGAGGAAUGAGGAGAGGGACGGCAGCGGCAGGGGGGGCAGCAGGUGGAGGCAGCGCAGGGUGUGUGGGGCGUGUGGAUGCGACACGGAGAGGCACGGCGUGCUGGUGGCUCACCUGCUCUGCUCCCUCGACAAUGGCAGCUGCAUCUUCCGAGCAGCUGCCAGUGGCUCCGAGGCGGCGCUUCUCCUCUUCGCCGCCCGCCUGCCGCCCCUCCCGUGCACCAAUUACCCAUGCCGGGCGGCACAACUUGGCGCAUCUGCGAAUUCGGCAUGGCAGGCGGCAGCGGGAUGGGCGCGAAAUGCAAGGGGAGGGGGGGCGAGGGAGGCGGAGGGGAGGGAGGCGGAGGGGAGGGAGGCGGAAGGGAGGGCGGUGGUGGGGUGGGGAGCCGUGCAGCUUUUGAGUCGACUGGAAGGUCAGCAGGGUGUGAAGGCAGGGGGGAUGUGGGAGGCGGAGUGGAAGGAGGUGCAGCGGCGGGUGCGGAGACUGGUAUGUGAGCGGGGGGUGGUUGAGGUCGGGGUGAAUAGCUUGACAUGGGGCGAGGAGGGGAGGAGGACAGGGGGAUGGAAGGAGGGGAGUGGUGCGAGGAAGAGGGGUGCUUCUGAUGUGGAGAUUUGGUGGGGUCAGGAUGAAAGGGAGGAGAAUAGGGAGGAGAAUAGGGAGGAGAAUAGGGAGGGGAAAAGGGAGGAGAAUAGGGAGGAGAAUAGGGAGGAGAAUAGGGAGGAGAAUAGGGAGGAGAAUAGGGAGGAGAAUAGGGAGAAGAAUAGGGAGGAGGAUAGGGAGGAGGAUAGGGAGGAGAAUAGGGAGGAGAAUAGGGAGGAGAAUAGGGAGGAGAAUAGGGAGGAGAAUAGGGAGGAGAAUAGGGAGGAGAAUAGGGAGGAGAAUAGGGAGGAGAAUAGGGAGGAGAAUAGGGAGGAGAAUAGGGAGGAGAAUAGGGAGAAGAAUAGGGAGGAGGAUAGGGAGGAGGAUAGGGAGGAGAAUAGGGAGGAGAAUAGGGAGGAGAAUAGGGAGGAGAAUAGGGAGGAGAAUAGGGAGGAGAAUAGGGAGGAGAAUAGGGAGGAGAAUAGGGAGGAGAAUAGGGAGAAGAAUAGGGAGGAGGAUAGGGAGGAGGAUAGGGAGGAGAAUAGGGAGGAGAAUAGGGAGGAGAAUAGGGAGGAGAAUAGGGAGGAGAAUAGGGAGGAGAAUAGGGAGGAGAAUAGGGAGGAGAAUAGGGAGGAGAAUAGGGAGGAGAAUAGGGAGGAGAAUAGGGAGGAGAAUAGGGAGGAGAAUAGGGAGGAGAAUAGGGAGGAGAAUAGGGAGGAGAAUAGGGAGGAGAAUAGGGAGGAGAAUAGGGAGGAGAAUAGGGAGGAGAAUAGGGAGAAGAAUAGGGAGAAGAAUAGGGAGGAGGAUAGGGAGGAGGAUAGGGAGGAGGAUAGGGAGGAGAAUAGGGAGGAGAAUAGGGAGGAGGAUAGGGAGGAGAAUAGGGAGAAGAAUAGGGAGGAGAAUAGGGAGGAGAAUAGGGAGGAGAAUAGGGAGGAGAAUAGGGAGGAGAAUAGGGAGGAGAAUAGGGAGGAGAAUAGGGAGGAGAAUAGGGAGGAGAAUAGGGAGGAGAAGAGGGAGGAGAAGAGGGAGGAGAAUAGGGAGGAGAAUAGGGAGGAGAAUAGGGAGGAGAAUAGGGAGGAGAAUAGGGAGGAGAAUAGGGAGGAGAAUAGGGAGAAGAAUAGGGAGGAGAAUAGGGAGGAGGAUAGGGAGAAGAAUAGGGAGGAGAAUAGGGAGGAGGAUAGGGAGGAGAAUAGGGAGGAGAAUAGGGAGGAGAAUAGGGAGGAGAAUAGGGAGGAGAAUAGGGAGAAGAAUAGGGAGAAGGAUAGGGAGGAGGAUAGGGAGGAGAAUAGGGAGGAGAAUAGGGAGGAGAAUAGGGAGGAGAAUAGGGAGGAGAAUAGGGAGGAGAAUAGGGAGGAGAAUAGGGAGGAGAAUAGGGAGGAGAAUAGGGAGGAGAAUAGGGAGGAGAAUAGGGAGAAGAAUAGGGAGGAGGAUAGGGAGGAGGAUAGGGAGGAGAAUAGGGGGGAGAAUAGGGAGGAGAAUAGGGAGGAGAAUAGGGAGGAGAAUAGGGAGGAGAAUAGGGAGGAGAAUAGGGAGGAGAAUAGGGAGGAGAAUAGGGAGGAGAAUAGGGAGGAGAAUAGGGAGGAGAAUAGGGAGGAGAAUAGGGAGGAGAAUAGGGAGAAGAAUAGGGAGAAGAAUAGGGAGGAGAAUAGGGAGGAGAAUAGGGAGGAGAAUAGGGAGGAGGAUAGGGAGGAGAAUAGGGAGGAGAAUAGGGAGGAGAAUAGGGAGGAGAAUAGGGAGGAGAAUAGGGAGGAGAAUAGGGAGAAGAAUAGGGAGGAGGAUAGGGAGGAGGAUAGGGAGGAGAAUAGGGAGGAGAAUAGGGAGGAGAAUAGGGAGGAGAAUAGGGAGGAGAAUAGGGAGGAGAAUAGGGAGGAGAAUAGGGAGGAGAAUAGGGAGGAGAAUAGGGAGGAGAAUAGGGAGGAGAAUAGGGAGGAGAAUAGGGAGGAGAAUAGGGAGGAGAAUAGGGAGGAGAAUAGGGAGGAGAAUAGGGAGGAGAAUAGGGAGGAGAAUAGGGAGGAGGAUAGGGAGGAGGAUAGGGAGGAGGAUAGGGAGGAGGAUAGGGAGGAGAAUAGGGAGGAGAAUAGGGAGGAGAAUAGGGAGGAGAAUAGGGAGGAGAAUAGGGAGGAGAAUAGGGAGGAGAAUAGGGAGGAGAAUAGGGAGGAGAAUAGGGAGGAGAAUAGGGAGGAGAAUAGGGAGGAGAAUAGGGAGGAGAAUAGGGAGGAGGAUAGGGAGGAGGAUAGGGAGGAGAAUAGGGAGGAGAAUAGGGAGGAGAAUAGGGAGGAGAAUAGGGAGGAGAAUAGGGAGGAGAAUAGGGAGGAGAAUAGGGAGGAGAAUAGGGAGGAGAAUAGGGAGGAGAAUAGGGAGGAGAAUAGGGAGGAGAAUAGGGAGGAGAAUAGGGAGGAGAAUAGGGAGGAGAAUAGGGAGGAGAAUAGGGAGGAGAAUAGGGAGGAGAAUAGGGAGGAGAAUAGGGAGGAGAAUAGGGAGGAGAAUAGGGAGGAGAAUAGGGAGGAGGAUAGGGAGGAGAAUAGGGAGGAGAAUAGGGAGGAGAAUAGGGAGGAGAAUAGGGAGGAGAAUAGGGAGGAGAAUAGGGAGGAGAAUAGGGAGGAGAAUAGGGAGGAGAAUAGGGAGGAGAAUAGGGAGAAGAAUAGGGAGGAGGAUAGGGAGGAGGAUAGGGAGGAGGAUAGGGAGGAGAAUAGGGAGGAGAAUAGGGAGGAGAAUAGGGAGGAGAAUAGGGAGGAGAAUAGGGAGGAGAAUAGGGAGGAGAAUAGGGAGGAGAAUAGGGAGGAGAAUAGGGAGGAGAAUAGGGAGGAGAAUAGGGAGGAGGAUAGGGAGGAGGAUAGGGAGGAGGAUAGGGAGGAGAAUAGGGAGGAGAAUAGGGAGGAGAAUAGGGAGGAGAAUAGGGAGGAGAAUAGGGAGGAGAAUAGGGAGGAGAAUAGGGAGGAGAAUAGGGAGGAGAAUAGGGAGGAGAAUAGGGAGGAGGAUAGGGAGGAGGAUAGGGAGGAGGAUAGGGAGGAGGAUAGGGAGGAGGAUAGGGAGGAGGAUAGGGAGGAGGAUAGGGAGGAGGAUAGGGAGGAGAAUAGGGAGGAGAAUAGGGAGGAGAAUAGGGAGGAGAAUAGGGAGGAGAAUAGGGAGGAGAAUAGGGAGGAGAAUAGGGAGAAGGAUAGGGAGGAGGAUAGGGAGGAGGAUAGGGAGGAGGAUAGGGAGGAGAAUAGGGAGGAGGAUAGGGAGGAGAAUAGGGAGGAGAAUAGGGAGGAGAAUAGGGAGGAGAAUAGGGAGGAGAAUAGGGAGGAGAAUAGGGAGGAGAAUAGGGAGGAGAAUAGGGAGGAGAAUAGGGAGGAGAAUAGGGAGGAGAAUAGGGAGGAGAAUAGGGAGGAGAAUAGGGAGGAGAAUAGGGAGGAGAAUAGGGAGAAGAAUAGGGAGGAGGAUAGGGAGGAGGAUAGGGAGGAGGAUAGGGAGGAGGAUAGGGAGGAGAAUAGGGAGGAGAAUAGGGAGGAGAAUAGGGAGGAGAAUAGGGAGGAGAAUAGGGAGGAGAAUAGGGAGGAGAAUAGGGAGGAGAAUAGGGAGGAGAAUAGGGAGGAGAAUAGGGAGGAGAAUAGGGAGGAGAAUAAGGAGGAGAAUAGGGAGAAGGAUAGGGAGGAGGAUAGGGAGGAGAAUAGGGAGGAGAAUAGGGAGGAGAAUAGGGAGGAGAAUAGGGAGGAGAAUAGGGAGGAGAAUAGGGAGGAGAAUAGGGAGGAGAAUAGGGAGGAGAAUAGGGAGGAGAAUAGGGAGGAGAAUAGGGAGAAGAAUAGGGAGGAGGAUAGGGAGGAGGAUAGGGAGGAGAAUAGGGAGGAGAAUAGGGAGGAGAAUAGGGAGGAGAAUAGGGAGGAGAAUAGGGAGGAGAAUAGGGAGGAGAAUAGGGAGGAGAAUAGGGAGGAGAAUAGGGAGGAGAAUAGGGAGGAGAAUAGGGAGGAGGAUAGGGAGGAGGAUAGGGAGGAGAAUAGGGAGGAGAAUAGGGAGGAGAAUAGGGAGGAGAAUAGGGAGGAGAAUAGGGAGGAGAAUAGGGAGGAGAAUAGGGAGGAGAAUAGGGAGGAGAAUAGGGAGGAGAAUAGGGAGGAGAAUAGGGAGGAGAAUAGGGAGGAGAAUAGGGAGAAGAAUAGGGAGGAGGAUAGGGAGGAGGAUAGGGAGGAGAAAACGGAGGAGAAGAGGGCGAUGGAGGCAGCAGAGAGGGGGUUAGCCGGGGCAGGUGCUUCUCGGAAUGUGCAGGUGGCAUGUGGAGUGAUGGGCGCGAGUAGGGCAGUGCCGUCAGCUGCACAGGCGAGCGUACGAGAUGCGGCAGACGUGCGGGCAAGCAGGGCAGAGGGGGCAAGCGGGGCAGGGAGGCCACUUGCAUGCUUACUGCCAAACGCUUUGCUGGGUGCUGCUGCAACGGUGGAGGGGCGGGGGGUGGAUGGGAGGGAGGCGGGAAAGGAGGAUGAGUGGAGGGCGGAGGCAGGGGAGGUGCAGAUAGGGGAGCGGCCUCUGCUGGCGCUGCUGAUGGCCAUGGCUGUCCGGCAACGACCCCAGCUCCCCUGUGCUCCUCUCUCCCUGUGCUUCACUCCCCCUGUGCUGUCUGUCUACCCGCGGAUGGUUCACCUCCAGCCAGCCACUGACUCCUCGCUCCGUGCACCACAGAACGGGCGGCAGUGGACAGUUGUGCAAGUCUCUGGAGUUGACCCUUUGCUGGAAGCCCACCGCUCCCUCAGCUUGUUGCAGCAAAAACUCGGUAGAGCUUGA